AACUUUUUUUGACUUUGACAGCGAAUCGUCCAUGCCGAAAAAACAGAUGUCGAUUUCCAUUCCACUCGUGUUUCAUUAUUAUUGUUGCUUUCGUGUCGAUUUUAAUUAAAAUUUAUGGCAGUACGCAGGUUGUGUUGCAAAUAGUAACUUUAUAACAUAGUUUAAGAUGGGUCGCCGAAAAUCGAAAAGGAAGCCUCCACCGAAAAGAAAAGCUAUUGAACCUCUUGACCAGCAAUUCAACUGCCCAUUUUGCAACCAUGAAAAAUCUUGUGAAGUCAAAAUGGAUCGAGCUCGAAAUACUGCAAGGAUACAAUGCCGCGUUUGUUUAGAAGAUUUUCAAACAUCAACCAAUGUGUUAUCAGAACCCAUAGAUGUGUAUAAUGAUUGGGUUGACGCGUGUGAAAGCGCUAAUUAAGUUAUUUUUAAGUUUAACAUUUUGUAUUUGUACUGAUAUGACUAUCUAAUUUUACAAUUAAAUUUCCUACUGAACAGUAAUAUAAUAUCCAAAAACUGAUUUUACAUAGUUUUAUUAUAUUCUUUAAUUUUAUUAUGUAAAACCAGUUUUUUUUAUUUUAGAAUUUUGUGAUACUGUGUGUUCUGUAACUACAAAUUACACAGAUUGAGCUGGCUUCAGUAACUAAAGAAAGUUUGAUAAGCAUAUUUAGGGAAACUUAUCUCAAAUAUUUAUAACAAAUGGUAAAUUUGAAAAAGAUGCUUUUCCAUCUUGACCCAGAGGUAAGCACUUUUCCAGUGAGCCAAACAACUAAGGCUGUAAAAUUAUUGUUACAAAACUGAUUCUCUUCAAAUUUUCACUAUUUGCUAUACCUAUGUUAAAAAGGGCUCUAAAAUUAUAAGAAUCAUGUAAACAAUGAGUCAGAAGAACACUAGUGUAUACAUAUAUGUAUGUAUACACUAUUGUGUAUACUUCAAAUAUUUUUGUUGUAGAUGGUUCAUUAUGGGAAGGACCAUAUUCCUCACUGAUUAUGCUUAAGUUAGAUUAAUUCUAUGAAAUAAAAUGUCAAUAUUCAA